AGUUAGGUAGUAUAAAGCCAGCGGUGCGCAGUUCCCAUCAACAUUCACAGGAUUACUGAUCUCUGUGGAAGGUAACAAUGUUGACCUGGGCUUUAGUUCUACUUCUGCCUUUUAUAUGGUGCCAAUCUGACCACGAGGAGAUCGAGUACAGCCCACAAGAUGGCUGGUACAAUAACCCUGUACAUAUAGACUGGGGCGCUAUCGAUGGACAGUUAUUGCGAAGGUCUUCCCCCGUCUAUGCGGACGGUGUGUACCACAUGGCAGGACAGAGCCGACCGAAUCCAUUCGAAAUCAGUCGCAUCGCCCACAGCGGUACCCCGGGUCUCGGAUCGGCGAGAGGAAGAAACGCCAUGCUGGUGUACUUUGGUCAACAGGUAGUAGAAGAGGUUCUGGACUCUCAGAGACCCGGAUGUCCUCGAGAGUUUGAGAAUGUUCCUAUUCCUAAAGACCAUCCGUAUAACCCGGAAGGAAAAGACGACCUUGCCAUGCCGUUCCUUAGGACCAGAUACGACGCCAGUACCGGGUACUCCCCCAAUAACCCACGGCAACAGUUGAAUGAGAUCACCCCCUAUAUAGACGGUACGUUGAUAUACGGGCCUGCCAGAGCAUGGACGGAUGCUAUCAGGGAGUUUAAGGGCGGUAGGCUGAAGGCGAGAGACCCAAACGCUUCAAUCAAGGACAGUUUUCCCGCCGAGAACACCAUCAGGCUGCCAUUUGCCAACCCUCCAGCACCACGACAACACAAACUGCGACCCGUAUCCAGGUUUCUAACUAUUGGCAAUCCCCGAGGUAACGAAAAUCCAAUGCUUCUGACCUUUGCAAUACUCUUCUUUCGCUGGCACAACAAAAUCGCCAUGGACCUGGAAACUGCUCACCCGACAUGGGGGGACGAGGCCUUGUUUGAAGAGGCCCGGAAACUGGUCAUAGCACACCAUCAGAAUAUAGUAAUGUACCAGUGGUUGCCAUUGUGGUUGGAGAUCAACAAUAGCAGCCAAGCUAUGGAGAUCCCGUCCUAUUUCAGGCCGACGAGUUCACAAUGCAAAGGGGGUUGUGGUUACAACGGUUAUAGUUCUGAGAUACAUCCGGGCAUUACACAGGAGUUCCAAACAGCCGCCAUGAGAUUUGGGCAUACCCUGGUUACCCCUGGACUCUGGUUAAGAGGGCCGCGACAGGGCACCGACUGUAAUUAUAAACCAGUCAAAGUAAACAUUCAAGGACAACCUGGCGAAGUUCAUGCCCUUCGUUUGUGCAAUUCUUACUGGAAUUCACAGGAUACGGUGGAACCUCAGUUAGACGACCUUAUUCGAGGUAUGACGUCAACACUGGCUGAAAAAGAAGACCAUAUAAUGGUUCCGGAUCUACGGGAUCACGUGUUUGGUCCCCUGGACUUUUCGCGUCGUGACCUUGGUGCUAUAAAUAUUCAGCGAGGUCGGGAUCACGGGAUCGCCGGAUAUAAUGCUGUUCGACUUGCGUACGGUCUCAAGGCGAAGUCUACUUGGAUAGAAAUCAACCCCCAGCUGGAAGAGGUAUUGUCAAAACUUCAAAGCCUUUAUGGAAACACCACGGCACCGGACGAGCUCGAUAUUUUCACCGGUGGACUCUUGGAGACUACAGAAGACGGUCCGGGGGAGCUGUUCAAAGCCAUCAUGCUAGACCAGUUUCUCAGAAUCAGACAUGGUGACCGAUUCUGGUUUGAAAACACAGACUCAAGAUUUCGACGAUUCUCUGACGCCGAAAUAGCUGAAAUAAGACGCAUCACACUGCGUGAUAUCAUUCUCAACGUAACAAACGUUCUGGACACGGAGAUAUCCGCUGACGUUUUCUUGCACAAACCAACAGACCCUUGUCCACAGCCGGAACAGCUGAAAGCUGACACUAAUCAAGUAAGGGAUGGAAUGGUGGUCGUUGAAAACUGUACCACACUUCAGCACUAUGACUACUUCUACGGCAGCGAAGCCUCCUUUGCCUUGACCUUUUUAUUUCUGGGACUUUGUGUCCCUGGAGUCGUCGGGAUUAUGUUGUUAAUGGUAAAAAUGCGCCAGCGACGAAUUCAAGAAGCCAGGAGGGUAAUGGCACCGAAACAGAGGGCGAAAAGUAACGACCCAAACUCAUUCGAUGUUGUUGAAUGGAUGGGACCAACGAUGGGAGAACGGCGAGUGAAGGUGAAAUUCGACAAGGAACGGAAGAAAAUACAUGUUACUGAUACCAGGAGGAAACCGCUGCGUAUGUUAGAUCUACGUAAAUUGACCGCAAAGAUCCACUUCAGAACUUCCAGGGACAGAUUAAGAAAUAUGAUGUCUAUCCGGCUCCCAAACGAAAUUGAUUUGGUUUUACGCUUUGGUGACGAGGAAGAGCGCGAAGCAUUCACCCAUCAAUUAGAGGCCUUUCUCCAGGAGAUGGGUAUCAAUAGAGAAGUGCACGAGUUUGACGAGAAAAGUGUCUUUGACUUAGCUGAGACCAAAGAAGAAAGGCAGAAAAUUCUGGAUACGUUCUUCCGUGUAAUAUGUGUACAGGCAUUUGACCGGACACCGGGUCAGAUGAACCUUGACAAUUUAAGCGCAGACGAUAUCAACAAAGUGCAAAAGAUACAGUUGACCAGGACGGAAUUUUCCGAGGCGUUAGGUUUGAAACCCACCUCAGUGUUUGUAAGGAACAUGUUUCUACUGGUGGACGCUGAUAAUAGCGGUACAGUCAGUUUCCAGGAGUUCCUCGACAUGUUUAUCGUUAUGUCGUCGGGUGACGCUGACGAUAAAGCCAUGCUCAUGUUUAACAUGUACGACCUCCGAAGGCGAGGAUAUCUGACACGGUCGGAAUUUGUCAAGAUGAUCAAAUCUCUGUUGGACCUCUCCGACCAGUCCAUCAAUGAUGACGAGAUCAACAGUUUGAUUGAUACGAUGUUCAUGACGGCUGGCCUUUCCACAAAUCAAAACAUUGACCUGGAUGCCUUCAAACGAAUUUUUGCCUCUGAAGAACAUAAACAAACUUUAGAGAGCGCGUCGCUUGGAAUAGGAACUAUCGAAAAACCUCCAACAUCUGCCAAAGCCAAAGGAGGGAAACGGAACGAACACAGGAAGACAUUUUUACAAAGCUAUAAAAUGAACAGAAAUAAUAUGAAGAGAGAAGGAACCGGAGGAGGGUUAUCCCGAUCGAAAACUAUGGUUAGAGUGAAAACAGUGGAAAAGGAAAUACCGCCGACUCGUACGCAACAGAAAAUGAACGAAGUGAUUCGUUACAUUGAGAACUACAAGCGCCACAUUUUCUGGGUGACUCUGUAUACGCUUGUCCUGAUUGGGGUCUUUAGUGAGAGAGCGUACUAUUAUUCCGUGGAAAGAGAACAUGCUGGUCUCCGACGAAUCGCCGGAUAUGGCGUCACGAUAACACGUGGUGCGGCUAGUGCUAUGAUGUUCACAUAUUCAAGCCUAUUGGUGACCAUGAGCAGGAAUGUAAUUACGUUUUUGAGAGAGACCUUCCUUCACACAUACAUACCAUUUGACUCUGCAAUAGCCUUCCACAAACUCAUUGCAGCAUAUGCGCUAUUCUUUACAGUGAUGCAUUGUGUUGGUCACGGUAUAAACCUUUAUCACAUUAGUACGCAGGCGUCAACAGAUCUCAACUGUGUCUUCCGGGAGUACUUCCGGGCAACUGACAUCCUGGCCUCGUUUCAGUACUGGACUUUCGAAACCAUCACUGGAUUCACUGGAGUCAUCCUGACGCUUAUUAUCAUCAUUAUGUACGUAUUUGCUAUCCCAUACGCCCGUCGGAACCUCUUCAACGCCUUCUGGUUCACCCAUAACUUCUACAUACUUCUCUACAUCUUCCUCGUCCUACAUGGAAGUGGAAGGCUCGUGCAGAGUCCACUUUUCCAGAACUUUUUCUACGGUCCACUGGUCAUAUACGUCAUUGAUAAACUCAUUAGCGUAAGCAGGAAAAAACGGGAGAUCUCCGUUAUACAGGCCGAUUUACUUCCGUCAGAUGUGACUGGAUUGAAAUUCAAACGCCCUCUCGAUUUUGAAUACAAAUCUGGACAGUGGGUUCGAAUCGCAUGCCUUGAUAUAGGUGAGGAUGAAUAUCACCCGUUUACACUGACGUCUGCACCUCAUGAGGAUUUCCUUAGUCUCCACAUCCGGGCCGUAGGUCCCUGGACUAUCAAUCUCCGGUCUACGUAUGAUCCAAAUAAUCUUGGCGACCGUAUACCACCAAAGGUGUACGUAGAUGGGCCUUUCGGAGAGGGACACCAGGACUGGUACAAAUACCCUGUAUCCGUACUUGUUGGUGGUGGUAUCGGGGUCACACCCUUUGCCUCCAUUCUAAAGGACAUUGUCCACCGUUCUCAGACCGACAACCAACGUAUGGCAUGUCAAAAGGUCUACUUCCUGUGGGUGACGCGCACGCAGAAACAGUUCGAAUGGUUAACUGAUAUCAUCCGUGACGUGGAGAACGCCGACAGACAGGAACUGGUUGCUGUCCACAUCUUCAUCACACAAUUCCAGCAAAAGUUCGACCUGAGGACCACUAUGCUGUAUAUCUGUGAACGCCACUUCCACAAGGUCGCCGGAAAGAGUCUCUUUACCGGAUUGUCUGCCACAACGCACUUCGGACGUCCUCAGUUCCAGGACUUCCUCACUUCUCUCAGCGUGGAACACCGCUCGGUAAAACAAGUGGGUGUGUUUAGUUGUGGACCGCCUCCGAUGACACUUAAAGUAGAUCGAGCAUGCACAGAACUGAAUAAAAAUAUUCGCCUACCAACGUAUAGUCAUCAUUUCGAGAAUUUCUAAAUGUGCUCAAAUCCUUGAAUGUCACCAUGUAGAGGAACUAUAUGUACCCAAUCAUCGGGGACUAUAUAUGCAAACAAUAUCGGGAUAUUUAUACAUUUGCACUUAACGACACAAUCAAAUCAACGUCAUAAUUCACUACAAGGCUCCUCCCAAGUGCACGAGAUAGACGAACAUUGUUUUAUUCUGAUGAUGUUGUAUAAAUUAAAAAUAUAUAGUAGUUUUAUAUGUUUGAUCGAGCAUAUUGGGAAAUUUCACGGCAAAGUAACUAAAGAAUACCGAUGGGAUAAUGAGUUAACUGAUAGAGGACGAAUCCAAUCGGUAUAGGUUUUUUCAUGAAAAUUUAGUUAGUAAUUAGGUUAUAACAUUAAAGAGUAUAUACUACAUUUAACAUUACAUAACAUAUAUCUGUAUUACUGUUUUACAUAUUUGCACAUAUUUAAUAAAUGCUGACAUUUCGUUGGACAACUUUUCACCAGCAAAGUAAUGGCUAUGCAAAACCAACAGGAGUUUUACAUUUUACUAUGAAAUAUAUACUUUUUAAAGACAAAAUACUCACUACAUCUAUAUAUAUCUUACAAACCAAACUAUCAAAAAAUAGCUCUAUCUGCUAUUUGCUACAUUGUUCAGUCCUUCACGAUUGUGAUUGGUAGGAAAUUUACAAUAUAUAUAUAUAAAUAUAUAUAUGCAGUAAAACAAUGAUGUGCCAUAUAUUAUGAUGCUAGUGACAAUGUUGUAUUUUUAUAUUUUGUUAAAAUCUAAUAUAUAGUAUCUAAAAGAAGUCCCAGCUAUGUGAUACUACAAACCGUUUAAUUGAAAUGAAGUAUACAUGUAUGUAUCUGACCUUAAAACACUAAAAAUGUCACUUAUCUAUAAAAACCUUCUCAUAAUGCUUUAGUUGUAGAUUGUGUUACACUGUAGUUUGUCAUGAAACUGUAGGUGUUGUACAAUGUACUAAUCCUAGUAUGUUAUGUGUCCGUUAUAUGACAUGAAUAUGCCAUGCCACGAAUUGCGUUAAACAUCAAAGUCAUUAAGUUGAUCAUUUGUAGAUUAUUUUCAUGAACCGAAUCUCAACCCAAGACUAAUAUAUUUCGCUGUGAUAUUCCAUUGAAGAUCAUUAACUUGAAAUAUCUUAAGAAUAUUUAACUCCCAUUUUAGGAAGAGUGGAAUUCAAAACUAAAUAGUAUUUUCCAAUCCAACAAAGAAUGUGGCAAAAUUUAACUUUUUUAUCCCUUCUUAGAAAACUACACUACUGAAAGAAAACUUUGGGUGCAAAGAUGUAUAAAAACUAUCGGUAUCAAAUACUGAAGGAAAACUGUGGGUGCAAAGAUGUAUAAAAACUAUCGGUAUCAAACACUGAAAGAAAACUGUGGGUGCAAAGAUGUAUAAAAACUAUCGGUAUAAAAUACUGAAAGAAAACUGUGGGUGCAAAGAUGUAUAACAACUAUCGGUAUCAAAUAAUUGAUUUAAUUGUGUCACUGCUUAAUUGAUUGUAAAAUGAAUGAUCUGAAUUUAUCAAUGAUUCUAUUAAUUUUUUUUUUUGUAAAUGUCAAUUGUUAGAAUCAUAUUACAUAUGUACUAACAUAUUGUUCUUUCUUUUGUUGUAUUGGUUAUAAAAAUAUUGGUUUUUCUAAUGUUGUAAUGAAGCCAGACUAUGUCGCAUAUGAUAUUGUGUAUUUGUAUUGUAUAUUUAAUUACUGUGAUCCUGUAUGCAAGCACUGAAUACUUUUAUACAAUUAAAAACAUUAGAAUUAAGAUACA